CAGCCCAGAGCGACCUCGUCUCUCGGCUCUCGCGCUCGUCGGCCAGGAUGACGAAGAGGUUCGAGUUCAAUUGGCAGAUCGAGACGCCGGCGAUCCUGCUGAACGGCGCCACGUUCGACCGCUGGCUGGAGGACAAGGAGAUGACCGACUUCGAGUCCAACUGCCUGUUCAAGGUGGACAAGUAUGGGUUCUUCCUGUACUGGAAGAGCGACGGGAAGGACGGCGACGUGAUCGAGCUGGCGAUCGUCAGCGACAUCCGCUACGGCGGCACGCCCAAGGACCCCAAGAUCAUCAAGAGCCUGAGCAAGCACGGCACCAUGGAGCAGCUGGAUCAGAAGACCAUAACGGUGUGCUCCAACAUCGACUACACGCAGAUCACCUAUCAACAUCUCGUCUGCCCCGACGCCAAGACGGCAAAGGAGUGGCAGGAGGCGCUGCGACACGUCACGCACAACGUGAAAGCGUGCAACGUCUGUCCCACCACCCAGCUGAUGAAGCACUGGAUGCGGCUGAGCUUCCAGGUGGACCCGAAGGGCAAAGUGCCGGUGAAAGUCAUCACGAAAACCUUCGCCUCGGGCAAAACCGAGAAGCUCGUGUACCAGGGACUCAAGGAGCUGGGACUGCCCGACGGAAAGAACGCGUCCAUGGAGCCCGAGGCCUUCACCUUCGAGAAGUUCUACUCGCUCUACUUCAAGAUCUGCCCGAGGAACGACAUCGAGGAGCUGUUCGGCUCUAUCACCAAGGGCAAGUCGGACACGAUCUCGAUCGAGCAGCUGGUGGAGUUCAUGAACGAGAAGCAGCGCGACCCGCAGCUCAACGAGAUCCUCUUCCCCAAGUACAACCCCAAGCGAUGCCAGGAGAUCAUCGAGGACUACGAGACCGACCCGAAGGCCAAAUCCGCGCUGAAACUGACCAAGGACGGCUUCAUCCGCUACUUGAUGUCGGACGAGAACGCGCCGGUCUUUCUGGAGAAGCUGGACGAGUGGAUGGACAUGGACCAGCCUCUGUCCCACUACUACAUCAACUCCAGUCACAACACGUACCUGAGCGGCAAGCAGGUGGGCGCCAAGAGCUCGGUGGAGAUGUACCGGCAGACGCUGCUAGCCGGCUGCAGGUGCGUCGAGCUCGACUGCUGGGACGGCAAGAAGCCCGAGGACGAGAUAAUCAUCACCCACGGCAAGGCCAUGUGCACGGACAUCCUGUUCAAGGACGCGCUCAUGGCCAUCCGCGACUGCGCCUUCGUCAGCUCCGACUACCCGGUGAUCCUCAGCAUCGAGAACCACCUGUGCCUGUCCAACCAGUACAAGAUGGCCAAGUACUUCGACGAGAUCUUCGGCGAGCUGCUGCUCAAGGAGGCGCUGCCCGACUAUCCCCUGUACGUCGAGGGCCAGUCGCUGCCCCCGCCCAAGGCCAUGAAGCACAAGAUCCUCAUCAAGAACAAGCGGCUGAAGCCCGAGGUGGAGAAAGUGGAGCUGGAGCUGUUUCUGCAGGGCAAGUUCGAGGCGAAGGACGAGGUGAUCGAGGACGCGAGCGGAGCCCCGGCAGCGCCCGCCGCCGAGGCGCCGGCACCGGAGGCCGCGGCGGCAGCGGCGCCGCCAGGGGAAGGAGCCGCGGCCGGGGAGCCGGGCGCCGAGGCGGGCGCCGAGGCCGCGGCCGGCGCCCCGGCCUACACCGGCAGCGCGACCGCCUGCCACCCGCUGCUCUCGUCCAUGAUCAACUACGCCCAGCCGGUCAAGUUCCAGUCGUGGGAGCACGCCGAGAAGAAGAACAUCCACCACAACAUGUCGUCGUUCUCGGAGACGGCGGCGCUCAACCACCUCAAGACCUCGGCUAUCGAGUUCGUCAACUACAACAAGCGCCAGAUGAGCCGCAUCUACCCCAAGGGCACUCGCGUCGACUCGUCCAACUACAUGCCCCAGGUAUUUUGGAACGCCGGCUGCCAGAUGGUGGCGCUCAACUUCCAGACGCCCGACCUGCCGAUGCAACUCAACCAGGGUAAGUUCGAGUACAACAACGGCACCGGCUACCUGCUCAAGCCCGACUUCAUGCGCCGCGCCGACAAGACCUUCGACCCCUUCUCCGAGGGCGUCGACGGCGUCAUCACGGCCACCUGCAAAGUCAGGGUGAUCGCCGGCCAGUUCCUGUCGGACAAGAAGGUGGGCACCUACGUGGAGGUGGACAUGUACGGCCUGCCGGCCGACACCAUCAAGAAGGAGUUCCGCACGCGCAUGGUGCCGGGCAACGGCCUGAACCCCGUCUACAACGAGGACCCCUUCGUCUUCCGCAAGGUCGUGCUGCCCGAUCUGGCUGUGCUGCGCUUCGGCGUGUACGAGGAGAGCGGCAAGCUGCUCGGCCAGCGUAUCCUGCCGCUGGACGGCCUGCAGGUGGGCUUCAGGCACGUGUCGCUGAAGAACGAGGCCAACUUCCCGAUGGCGCUGCCCAUGCUGUUCAUCUGCAUCGAGAUGUCCAUCUACGUGCCCGAGGGCUUCGGAGACUUCAUGGCGAUGCUGUCGGACCCGGGGGCCUUCGGCAAGGGCGCCGAGAAGCGCGACGAGGCCAUGAAGGGCCUGGGCAUCGAGCAGACCGACGCGAAGACCGAGGCCAAGCGCAAGGAGGAGGAGGAGAAGAGGCGCAAAGAGGCGGAGAACCGCAUCCCGCCGCUGCAGUACAAGUACCUGCGCAAGGAGAAGGCCUUCAAGCAGUUCAAGAAGGUCAGCAAGGAGAUGGACGCGCUGCAGAAGAAGCACCAGAAGGAGCGCCUGACCAUGCAGAAGAACCACUGCAGCGCCGUGGACAAGCUGGCCAAGGGGAAAGACAAGAGCGCCCUCGUGGCGGACGCCGGCCUGAAGAAGCUCGUCGGCGAGCAGAUCGCCGAGUGGAGCGCCAUGCUGGAGCGCCACCGCAAGGCCGAGUGGGAGCUGCAGAAGGCCCACCUGAGCGUCGCCCGCGAGGACAUCAAGGCCUGCAUACCCGCGGUGCAGGCGUCGCAGGUGAAGCUGCUCGAGGUCAAGCACGACAAGGAAAUCAAGGAGAUGAACGCCAGCCAGGCCAAGGUCUCGGCGGACGUGGCCAAGGAGGUGAUGAACGACAAGGCGCUCAAGACCAAGGGCGAGAAGGACCGCAUGCUCAAGGAGAAGAAGGCCAACAACAUCAAGAAGUUCAUGGACGAGCGCAAGAACAUCACCAUUAAGCAGGGCCGCGAGAAGGAGAAGCUCAAGCUCACGCACGAGAAGCAGGCCAAGGAGAUCGACCAGGACAUGGACGGGUGCAUGGUCGAGUGGGAGAGCGAGGAGAAGCAGUGCCAGAUCGCCGCCAAGUCCGAGAUCUACGUCUAGGCUGGCCGGCGCUCGUCGCCGCUCGAGGAGGCCGGAUGGCGGCCCGCUCGUCGACGAGGCGCGCCACGACCUGUCGCUGCGCUGCGAGCUCUUGUUAGCCUUUCAGAAAUAUAUUUUCCAAA